UUUUGUAAUAAUAUUAGGUAAAAAAUUAAAUCUGUAUAAUUUGUAGACUCGCAUAUAAUUUAUAAAACAAAUUCAAUUCAAAGUAUAAACAAUAUAUAAAAUAAUCAACAAAAUAUUUUUGGAAAAAGUUGUUAGAGCAAAAGUUUAGAUUAGUUAUUGAAAAAUAGAAGAAUGCGCAAGGAUAAAUUGUUAAAUUUAUUUUAUAUAUUAAACAUUUUGUUUAAUUAUGCUCAAUCUUAAGGAUAGUUUAGUAUUAGCUAUUGCUAAAGCUUAGGAAUAUAAAAUUGUUUGAUGUGUAGUCCUUCUUCUACUUAAUCUGGAUAGAAUACAUGCUAUUAAUGUACAGAUAACUAUGCAUUAAAUGUAAGUUAAACAGAAUGUGUUUUAAAUUUAGGCUAAUGUGCUUAGUUAGAUUAAAAUAAUUAAUGUGUUUUAUGUAAAUGCUCUUAUGUGUUAUUUGAAUAUACUGACCCUAAUUAAGUAGGAAAUAUAGUAAUGAAGAAAUGCGUUUCUGUAACAACACCAGGUGUAUCUCAUGGUUGUGCAGUCUAUCUGAUUUAAAAUUAAUAAAUGAAUUGUAUAUAGGCAAAUAUAAAUUAUGUCUUAAAAAAAAGUGUAUAACCAUAUGUAGUAGUUCCUCAUAAUGGAAGUUUUUGUGCAGAAAUAGCAUCAGAUGGAGUGACUUGUGUAAAAUGCUAGCCUGGUUACUAAAAUAUCAAGGGUUAAAACACAUGCUUUAAAGGAACAAGCCCUAUUUACAAUAGUUAAAUGGCAUACUAUGAUACAACUUCAUAAACUAUAAAACCUUUAGAUCCAACUUGGUAUGCUGAUCCUAAUGGUGUUAUUCCUCCAAUUGCAAAUUGUCAAUUUUAUUCACCAAUAACAAAGAAUGGGCCUGGUACAUGCGAAAGUUGCUUUGAUGGGUAUACACCCUCAAAAGAUAAAUCAUAGUGUCUUUUAUAUAAAGAUUCUCUUUGUGCAUAUGCAUAAAUUGAUUCCAGCAAUAAGGUCACUUGUUCUGUUUGCUUUAAUCCUUAACUUUACUAUGUUGAUGGUAAAACUGGUAAUUGUGUUAUGAGAUAAAAUUUUAAAUCUUAAAAUUGUGCUACUCUCGAUCCUUAUAGUGACGGAUGCUUAAUUUGUGCAAGCAAUUAAUAUCAACUAUUAGAUGGAAUAUGCUUCUUAUCAAAUGAUUAAUAAUUAUUAGCGCAUUAAUAAAACGCUUGCUUACUCCAAUAACAAACAAUAUGCUAAAUUUGUAAAAAUAAUUAUAUUUUUGCAUUAAAGUAUAACUAAUGUGUAAAUUAAAUUAGCAACUGCUUAUUAGCAACUGAUGAAUAUAAUUGCAGUGUUUGUUUUAAUCUUUACCAUCUAUUUUAAGAUUCUAACGGCUUUUAAAAAUGCACUAUUAAUACUACUACUUCUAAUUGUAUUUAUUCAGAUGGAAAAACAGAUUCCUGCUAAUUAUGUGCAAAUCUUUAUUUUUUAUAAACAAAUACUUAAGGUUUAUAAUAGUGUAACAAAAUAACAAAUUAUAGUAAUUGUUAUUCUAAUGAUGGAAAAACUGACAAUUGUACCUUAUGUCAAGUUCAAUACAAUUUAAAAGGUAGCCCUUAAUGUGUUUUUGACUCUACAAAUUGGUGCAGUAACCUACCAUCUAGUAAUACAUGCAGUAAUCCAAAUACUUAAUCUUAUAAUUAAUGUUGUUAUUCCAAGCCAGCCAUUCCAAAUUGUGCAAAUCAAUAAGCUGAUAAUAAAUGUAUUGAAUGCAAUAUCGAUUAUUAUUUAAAUAGCGAUUAAACUGCGUGUAUUCCUGUUAAUCUAUUUAUUAACUGUGUUCAAUAAAAUGGUAUGAUAAAUCAAUGUAGUUAAUGUAACCCGCCUGUUUCUUCAAACUAAAAUUGCAUUUCUUUAACUAUUUCUUAAACUGAAUGUAAAAUAUGUUAUUUACCAACAUGUAAAACUAUUUCAUCAGCUGGAUUAUGCCAAAGUUGUUAAUCUGGUUAUUAUAUUGAUACCAAUGUUUGUAAAAAAAUUUAAAACUGUUAAGAUUCGGAUGGUAUAAACAAUACUUGUACAAAAUGCAAUAAUCUUUAUUAUCUCAAAAGUAACAUUUGCUACUAAAUUACAAAUUUUACUAAUUGCUAAACUUCAGAUUAAUAAACAGAUAUAUGUAGUCAAUGCAAUAAUUUAUAUUAUAUUAAUAGUAACAUUUGUACCUAAAAUAAUAUUCCUAAUUGUAGCACUUCAAGUGGUAAAACCUAAGACUGUAUAUAAUGCAAUCCAAGUUAUUUUUAUAAAGACAAUACUUGCCAAAUAACAAUACCAAACUGUUUAUUUUACUAAAGUAGCUCAUUGUGCUCUCAAUGUUAAAAUAUGUACUAAUUAGCAUCAGAUAAAAAAAGUUGCCAAAAAAUAACGAAUAUACCUGCAAAUUGCUUUUAAACAGAUGGAGUGUAUUCUGCUUGCAAAUAAUGUGUGAAUUUAUAUUUUUAAUAUAGUAAUGCUUGUAAACCAGUUAAUUUAAAUUAAUGUUCUUAAUCAGAUGGAUUAUUACAAUCCUGCUUGAAAUGUGGAUAAUCAUUUUAUGAAAAGUAGAUUGUCCCUUCAAGUAACUAGCAAAGCUUUUUCCCUAACCCUUACAUAACAUGCUUACAAAAAUCUCAAAUAAAAAAUUAUAUAGAGGGCUGUAAAAGAUAUGUAGAUACUUAGACUGUUGAAAGUUGUAUACUUUGUGAAGAUGCAUACUUUCUUACUUUUGAUUAAAAUAAAAAUUAAAUCUGUUAACUUAGAACAUUUAUUAUAAGCUAAAAUUGCAAAGUAUUUAGUAAUUCACUUACUAGUAAUUAAUCUAGUAAUAAUUAAGAUGUAUGCGAUUAAUGUAAUAAUGGUUACAUUCCUUAAGGGAAUUCAUGCUAAGCAAUAGCACCAAAUAAUUAAGUAGCUAAUUGUUCAGUUUAUUAAAUUAACACUAGCUAAUGUCAAUAAUGUGUCUAGGACAAUUCUGGAAUAUAAAAGUUUUAUCUUAAUGGAAAUUAAUGCCAAGAUAUUUCAUCUUUGAAUUGUAAAACUUACUAAAAUUAAACAUGCAAAGAAUGUGCUAUUAACUAUUAAUUAAUGCAAAAUGGUUAAUGUGUUUAAAUACCUAUCAUAAAUUGUUUGAAUUUUGUAUAAAAUUCAUAAGUCUAAUGUACAUUAUGCAGAAAUCAAUACUAUCUGUCAGGAAAUAAACUUUCUUGCUUACCUCAUGAUGUGACCAGUAAUCCAAAUUGUGCUUAAUUUUCCUAAACUGUUUAGAAUUAAUGUUUAUAGUGCCAAAACCUUUAUUAUUUAAAUUCUAAUGGAAUUUGUGUUGGUGUAACUAUUCCUAACUGCCAAAAUAAUACGUCUAAUAUGAAUACUUGUGAUAUUUGCAUGAAUAAUUAUAUCUUAACUGGAAGUAAAUAAAAUUGUAUAUAGGAUACAACAAAUUCAUACUGUCUGUAGAUCUAACAAGAGAAUUUAAAUAGCCCUUAUUGCAUAAAAUGUUAGAAAGGAUAUUCUAUGCAACCUAGUCAAUUAUAGUGCCUAAAUAAUAUAAAUAUGUCGAUAAAUUGUGCUUAAGUUGAUUCUAAUUUAGCAUGUACAAAAUGUGAAGAAGGCUAUUUUUUAAAUAGCCUUUAAUAAUGCUUGAGCUUUUAAUCAAUUUGCUCUAUUGUUGGGUGCGAUUAGUAUUCAUUAACAUCUUACUAUGAUAGUUACUUUUGUUAGUAAUGUAGCACCUAAUAGUAAUAUUUUAGUAGAGGAGAUGGAAAAUGUUAAUAUAACCCUAAUUCGAAUGUUCCUAGGGAUAAAGGAGAUGGAACCUUUUUAGGUGAUGGAGAAAUUUAUAAGAUACCAAGUUAAGUUAGUGACUAAAAGUCGUAAUAAGCAAUAAUUUUUAUAAAUUUAUUAUAAAUUAUUGCUAUUGCUUUUUUAUGA